CCCAACUUGAAGCUUCUCCCUAACACUCUGACUGACACUCUCACAGCUCUCAGCUCUCCCAUGUCCCAUCUCAUGUUUUUACAACACACCGGAACCGGUACCGGUACAGCUUUAUCCAUUCGACAACAAAUCGGUACAUGUCAAAGAUCAUGUCAACAUGUUUCCGUCUGUACUCCUUGGCUUCCUUGUCCGAUACUCUCCGGAAUGGUUGGUUUGGCAAGUUUCAGGUGGGAGCAAAGAUGUGAUGCAGGCUCACUUUGAACGAAAGGCACGGCUGGAAGCACGGCCUUCGUUUGUUGGCCAAGAAGCGCCCGAGUUUACCCUACCCACACUGGAAGACGAUGGCCAACAGAUUUCGUUAUCCAGUCAAAAAGGAAAGCCGGUUGGCUUAAUUUUUGGAUCCUACAGUUGCCCCCUCUUCCGUGCGCACGGUCAUGACAUUGAAAAAGUCCACCAAAAAUACAAAGAGCAGGUAAACUUUUUGUUUGUGUAUCCAUCGGAAGCGCAUCCCACGGAAGGAUGGGUCAUGCAUCAAGGCAAAUGA